ACAUGUCACGAGUGGUCAGUGCGGAAAAGGCAGAGCAAUGGAGUAGCGUACACAAUGUUGGUGUAGAAAACAUUACUACCCUGCAAGAUGACAGACAACAAAUGACUGCAGUCGGUGGAGCAACGCUGACUCUGUGCUAAAGAGGGAUCAGAAGUCCUCAUAGGAAACAACAAUCAACAAGUCGGUGACUAGACCCAUUUACUAGAGGACAACUUUCAGUGUGAGAUGCUAUAUUUAAACAUCCUGGUGCUGCUCCUCCUGCAGCCGGUUCUGUCAAGCCCAAGGCCGCUGACUACACCAUCCAGAUGUCCCACCUGUAAAGGAAAGCCUGCACAAAGUCAGCCAACUGUAGAUUUAAAUGCCUCCUCUCUGGCCGUUGGAGAACCAUGUGGGGUCUACACUCAGAGCUGUGCCGUUGGUCUGCGUUGUGCCCCUCCAGAAGAUGACCCAAAGCCCCUCCGCACCCUGCUGGAGGGCAGAGGCGUCUGCAGUAACACCACCGGCAUCAACUCAACUGAAAAGAGCCACUCUGUAGAUCCAGCACCUACUGGGGAUCCAGAGGAGGCUCCAUGUCGAAAACUGCUAACUACACUCAUCAGAGGCCUUGAUGCCCAUUUAAUUAAAUCACAUCAUGAUAUCUACAUGCCCAACUGUGACAAGCGAGGCUACUUCAAUAAGAAGCAGUGUUGGUCGUCUCGAGGUAAGCAGCGUGGCAGGUGCUGGUGUGUGGAUGAGAACGGCAUGCCGGUGACUUCACAACCUAAACAGAGGGGCGGCCUGACUUGUUAAAAUGCAUGAAGCUUGGACUUAAGCAGAGGAGGCUGGAGCUUCACGACCAAUAUGAGAUGAAGAUGAAGGAACACCACACAGAGUCUGAAGGAACUCAACACAUUUCAUUCUCCAUCAGCUGGAAGCAGCUUUACCAACGAGAAGCUGUUUCAAUAGUCAGGUGUAACUUUGUCUCUUUGCGCCCUCUGCUGAACAUAUCACAACUGUAUUGAUCUGACGUCCUUCACCAUCUACUCACUGAAUUCAUCAGAUGCAGAAGUAUAUCAUAUUAUAUUUAUACGAGCAUAGAAAAAUUAUCCAACCAAGUGUCACAUUGUAACAAGACACUCUGUCAAUUUAUUACAUCGGCAGUAAUCUGCAGUCUCUUGGCCAAUUAACUCUAAUCCCGUAUUUUGUAUGCAUUCAAUAUAUCAUAUUUAUAUUUUUUCAGUAUUUUUUUAAACUUUUAAACCACUGUAAUUGUAUUAUUACUGUAAUUGCUGUAUAUAAUCUCUGUAUGUCACCCUAUUUAUGUCCCUUUAAGUAUAAUAUUAUUUAUGUAAAUAUUGCUUUUUCUUUGAAUAAGAAAUGUACCAGUUCUUGCCCAUAAGUGCAGACAGGCGUAUCAUUUUAAGAACCUACAUUUCUAAUACAGAAUUACAUGGGUGCAUUAUUAUUAUGAUUUUCUUUUUUGCCACUAGAAAUUUUGCCUCUUGAACAAUAAGAGGGGGUGAUUCAGACUGACACUGAUGGACGACAUUACACAGAUAUACACAAGAGACUUCAUCAAUUCUUUUUGGAUUCUGUGCAUGAAAAAUGUUUGGU